ACAGGUUUUGACUACCCAGUGUAAUACAGAGAGAGGGUGAGAGUGAGGGAGAAGACCCACAUCACCAUAAACAAUGAGUGAAGGACCAAAACUCUACACCAACAGACCCAAAAAAGCCCAGGUGAAGCAAUUUCUGCAACAACAACAAAUGAAAGGUACUGGUUUAUCAGCAUCAUCGUCGCCAAUGGGUGCGCAGUCUUCUCCGCCGCCUCCCCCGCAGCCGAAGGAGUCUUUUGUUCGGCGUUACAAAUUCAUGUGGCCUCUUCUCUUGACCGUCAAUCUCGCUGUUGGAGCUUACAUUUUUAUGAGAACAAGAAAGAAAGAUACAGGCAUAGAGGAAGAAGUUGCAGCAGCUGUUGUCACUACUCCAGUUUCAACUACGGCUGCUACAACUGCCCCAGCUCCGGUUAUUGAAAAACCAUUACCAUCUCCACCUAUCAUGGCACCUGUGAAGUUGCCUGACCCGAUUCCAGAGAACCAACAGCGUGAGAUUUUCAAGUGGUUAUUGGAAGAGAAGAGGAAGGUCAAGCCAAACAAUCCUGAAGAGAAGAAGCGCAUUGAUGAAGAAAAAGCGAUUCUGAAACAGUUCAUUCGAGCAACAUCCAUCCCAACUUUCUGAUUGUUGAACAUAUAUUCUUGUUUGUUCAAACUGAAGAUUGAAUCAAAUUUCUUUUCUGGAUGAUGAAGUUUGUACCUUGUUCCUUUGGAAUAUUGUGAAUAAUCAAUCAUUUUCCUGAAAACAUGUGCCUUUAGGGAUGAAAUCUGCCAGAUUGUCUUUUUCUU